AUGCCUGCUGAGUCUAAUGGUAGUCCGUAUGGUGGGGGCGAUGCACCAAAACUUCGAACCGCAUGCGAGAAUUGCAGACAAUCGAAGGUCAAAUGCAACUUGUCCGGCAAAAAUGUUUGCACAAGAUGCCUACGACACGGGCUCCAAUGUCAAUACGGGUUUGCCAAUCGAUCCGGGAAGCCUAAGGGCAGUAAGAAUCGAGCUACGCUGCGUAAACUAGGGCAGUUGCAAGACGACAAGCCACCCAUACGAGGAUUCCGUGGGAGUCGAGUCGUACCUCCAAUGCCAGAACGAGAGCCGCUUGUUGCAACUAGUUAUUCAGCACACUUGAGUGACCCUAUGAUAGACGAUGAUGUGUGUUUAAUCCCCGGUCCGCCGGGGAUUUGGGAAAGCUCCAGGAGCUUUGGCAGUGCUACGGCACUCGAUCCCCCGAUUUGUCCAUCUCAACUAGGCACAAUUGAUGGUUCGCCAUUCACCGAUCUAAUGGACUUGUGUCCUUCUCUGCCACCGGGAUUGGGAUAUCCACAUACCCCUGUUACGCCAACAUUCCUGUCACCAGACCCUCUCGUGGAUGGAAUGGCGAGCCCACCUUUUGUUGGAUCCGUGUCGUCGUCGUAUUCGAAUGCUCGAUGUGAAUGUAUGGACAAGCAGCUUUUCUACAUGAACCGCAUGAAUCAUCUGCUUGCGGAGUCCGUGCCCCUCCGGUUUGACCAAAGCCUUCAAACCAUCAAGGCUACAUUCUGCGCAUGUCGAAUGUUUCUUCAGUGUGUCAAGUGCCCCAAAGAGAGUGGGAAUCUAUUGCUGGCGACAUCUGUGCUUAAUUUAACCCUACAACUGUUUGAACAUUGGAUCACGCGGGAGACUUCCCGUGCGCCGCGGGCGGAGCACGGAAUUGACAUUCGCUACGGCCAUUACGAGGCUUGCUCUGAGGAGAACCAGCGCAUUCGGUCCUUUUUGCUUCGUGGGCUUCUUCUCCAGUGCAGGGACGUCUUGUCCAUGUUGACCGCGACGGUGAGUUCCGUCUGCCUUGAAGUCCUCAAAACUGAGGGCGAAAAUUCUCGCGAUCCCUGCCUGGCAGAAGAACCGCUCCCACGAGCCUGGGCAGCUUCUGAGCAUUUGGCGAGGAUCCCAGACCCAGAACUGGAACCCCUCGGCGGUGAUCCGGGUGGUAAUUGUCUUCUGCCCAUCAUUGCGGGCUAUGAAGCAACCGUGGAGGCGUUUCUACACUCUAUCCCGCUGAAUGACUGUAUCUGCCGGUCUAAAUACUCGUCUUGA